AUGAAGAAAAUCUUCGUACCAAUUUUUGCCUGCCCCCUGAUCUUUAACGCUGCGUAUUCCUUAAGUCUAAGCAGCGUGAAUGAACAUUUUUCUGACACUUUGACGAGGGAUAAUAGUGCCGAAAAUGAUAAUUUAAAUUUAAUACAAAAUAGCCUACCUCACAGAAUUAAGCGGAGGUAUAACAACAACUUAAGCAAUGAAUCAGAUAGUGCAAUGCAACCCGGUGAAAGACACAGAGACAGUUCUGUAUAUUUAGAUUUCACAAAUCAUAAUGCACAUGUAGAAGGAGAUUCUUCACGCGCUGCUGCUGCAGAGGGUAAAAGCAGGAAUAACUUCCACGGUUCACACAAAAAUACACCACUUAGCACGGAAAAAAGAACUGUAGAUGAUGGAACCCCUCAGAGGGCCAAAACGUACGGUAAGUACAGAACUUGGAUUACAAAAAGUGAACAAGAACAACAAGCACGUUCUGUUCGAAGUAAAAAUGCUGUUAAAAGGAACAGCACUGAGAGGGGAUUAUCUAGGAAAGGCGCCACACACAGCAAGGUUCAACUAACCAAUUUUGAAGACGAUAUGGAUGAAAGCGGGGAUGAAGACGAUGAUUUCCCAAACACGGAUGGUGACUUAGGUGAUAACUCCAUCGACAAUUUGUUUGGCGACGAUGAUGAUUUAGAUAGCGAUUUGGCCGAUAAUUUAUUCAACGAUGAAGGCGACAAUUUGAUGAACACCGAUGAUGACUUAGGUGAUUAUUCUACGAACAAUCUGCUUAACAGUGAAGAGGAUAACUUGAUGGACGAUUUUUCCGACAAUAUGCUAAGCGAGAACGGUAGCGACGGCUUGGUGGAUGCCGUCCUAGGCGAUCUUGGUGAUGGUUCUGUUGAUAAUUUGUUCAGCGAUGAGGAAGACAGUUUGGUGUAUACCGGUAGUGAAGCGCUUGACAACGAUGUUGAGGAUAAUUUUCUAAGCGCGGAAGAUAGCAACAGUUUGAUGGAUUCUACCCAAGACGAUAUUGGUGAUAGCCCCAUCGACCAUGUGUUUACCAAUGACAUCGAUGUUGAUAGCGACGAUGAUUUAUUUAGCAUCCGGGGUAACGAUCUACGUGGCCGCAAUUUAUUUAUCGAUGGUAACUACCCAUCAGAUAAUAGCAGAGGUUCUUCACUUGGCGACGCUGCGGUAGAUUCUGUAGCUGAUAAGGAAAGCGUGCUAGGUAGUAUUGAGGAUGACCUACCCCUUGAUGGCCCAUUGGGCGUCAAGAGUAAGGUGAAUCCCUCGGAGAGGAGUGGACAGGAACCACCAAAUGGCGGCAAACAGGGGAGUAGCAAAGAUGCACUAAGCAAGGAUACCGUUAAAAAGGACACCGUAAAACAGGAUACCGUUAGAAAGGACACCGUAAAACAGGAUACCGUUAAAAAGGACACCGAUGCCAUUAAAAAGGACGCCGAAAAAAAGGACACCGUUAACAAGGACACCGUAAAACAGGACACCGUAAAACAGGACACAGUUAAAAAGGACACCGUUAAAAAGGAUACCGUUAAAAAGGACACCGUAAAACAGGAUACCGUUAAAAAGGAUACCGUUAAAAAGGACACCGUAAAACAGGACACCGUUAAAAAGGACGUUGGUAAAAAGGAUGGCACCACAAAGGAGGUUGCCAAGAAAGACGUAGGAAAGAAAGUGGCAUCGGGAUCCGCAGAGACAACCAAAGUCAAAGAGGAGAAGCAGUCAAAGCAGGACAGCAAAAAGGACAUUAAAAAGGAGAGUGUCAAGGGCACAUUAGACAAACGUGACAAAAAUAAGCGCAACGAAAAACCCACUGCUUCUAAAAAUCCAAAUAAUAGCCACAGUGGCACUAAUGCUACACCAAAUAGUAACCCGAAGAAUGAUGCAAAGGAAAGGCCUAGAGUUGAAAAGGAAUUCACUCCCCAGGAAAAGGAAACUACUAGCAGUGAGGAUAUCAAGCAAGCCACUUCCACGAGCACAGAGACAAAACAAGCGGAGAAGGUGCACACUAAGGGCACACCAACAAGCGCUGGUAGCACUAGCAACAAUGGCAGCAGAAAUAGCGGUGGUGUCCAAACGGGUAAGGGGAAGAACAUUGGUGCAGGAGGAAAAGACAUUCCGAACAAGGCGAACGACUCGAAGGCCACGGAAAGCAACACAGUAAAGAGUAAGGACGAUCAUAAAGGCGAAGGAAACUCAACACCCCCCGUCGAAAGGAGUGGUAGCAGCGGGGGCGUUACUACUGAGGAGGAACCCCCAAAGGAGCAAAGCGUGCUGCCUAACCCCAUCGGUGGAACCAUAAACAUAAACAUAAUAGCCAACCCUAACUAUGAAGCAAAUCAAACGAAAGGGAAGGAGAAGAAGAAACGCCAUACUCAUGCCAAAGGUAGGGGGAAAAAGAAUCGACAUUUGUACAAGAGAGGUAAUGGAAGAAAUUACAAAGUAGACAGGGAGCAAACCCGUAGGAAUGAGUUGAGCAGCAGUACAAAUUCAGGCAAUUCGGAAUGGAGUGAAGAUGCGCGAGAGGUACGAAGUGGUGUGGAUCCUAAUGUGGACGUCCAUGUAAGCAACCGUGCUGGGCAGGGUGGUAAACCCACUUCACCUGAAGAGGGUGCACACAGUCGAAGCGAAAGCCCAUCGGAGCUGUCCGUCUCAAUAGAAUUACCUCACGGAUCGAGUGAAGUCAAAAAGGCAGAAGCUGUUAUGAUCCCUGAGAGGGAAAGUGCACAGAAGGAAAAAAAACUAAACCUUCUCCAGAUGAACGCUGAAAACGGUGACCGUGUCGACGAAGCAGACGAGUAUGCGGAUGAAGUGGAUGGUGAUACCCAAGAUGAACUCAUCUUAGAAAAAGUGAGGGAAAAUAAAAACCUAGAACGUUUUGGAGAAGAAGACACUGUAGAAAAUAUAGCAUCAAUAGAGCACCCCCUAAUUAGGAAGAAAAAAAAUAUAGUAAAAAAUUCACGUAAGGUGUAUAAUUUAAAUCUGUAUAACUGUACCUUCAUAGACGACUGGGACUUGAAUCAUGAGUACAUGGAUGAAGAGGGUUCCUUGGUCAAGUUAAGUGGAUACGUUUUUCAAAAUAUGGUGAAUUCGGAUUUGAUGCCCACUGCAAAUAUAACUGACUGGAAGUUAAAAGGAUCAUGCGAUUACGAUAAGUAUGUAUGUGGCGCUUUGGGAUACAUGAAUAACGUGUACAGCAAGGGUGAACGAGUUAUAUUUGAAGGUCGAGUGUACGAGGCCACCAGCGAUGCUUACGGCACUCCGAGGGAAAUGGAAAAUGUGUGGGUAGAGAAGACAGAUGACUGUUAUGAUUUUUAG